AUGACGAGCGUGCCAACGACUCGAACCUACGAAAAUGCACAUAUUGCAAUGAUCAUACGUUUCCUGAUCAAGGACCGCCAGCGAACGCGUGCCAAGCCAAACCAGCCGCAACCUCCGCUCGAAUCAACUGCCUCAAAACAGGAGCCUAUAGACCAAGACGACCCGAGUUCUCAUGAAUCUGUGGCUGGUCAUGACAGUCAAGAGGCCAGCAGCCCAUCUUCGGAAAAGAAUAAGAGGAAGGAUGGGGUUCAUGGGUCUUCGCAUCCAAAGCGUAGCCGUGCUCGACAGCAACCGCAGGCUUCUGAUGCCAGCUAUGCUGAGGACACUGACUUCCAAAGAGACCCGGCACACAAGGCUGGUAGAUUAUGGACUCCUAAGGAAGGAGAAUCUGCGCCUCGACGGUCCGAUGGCGGGCGAUUCAAGGAGAGAGACGGGUCCGAUCUCCCCAGAGCAGCUUCUGAUCGGUCGUUCGAGCAUCCGCGUUCCUCGAACUUUGAUAACGCUGAGGUACUAAUCAAGCAGCCAAAGACACGCCCUAUUGGCCAAGAACAACUUGUUGCCGAGGUGAAGGGCAUCUACGCUGGACUCGAAAUGAUCGAGUUACAGUGCAUCGAGGUCGACAACGCUCAAAGUUCAAACAACGAGACCAAUCCCAAGCUGAACAAUGAGCAGUGGCAGGCAUUGAUCGGUCUACAUCGAACUUUGCUACAUGAACACCACGAUUUCUUCCUUGCCUCUCAGCAUCCUUUGGCCAGUCCGGGAUUGCGACGGCUCGCGAGCAAGCACGCAAUGCCGGAGCGCAUGUGGAGGCAUGGGAUUCAUUCAUUCUUGGAGCUUUUGCGUCAUCGUCCGCCCGCCUCGCUCGAACAUAUGCUUACGUUCAUUUAUUUGGCGUACUCUAUGAUGACUCUGCUGUAUGAGACUGUUCCAACGUUCCAAGACAUUUGGAUUGAAUGCCUCGGCGACUUGAGCCGCUAUCGGAUGGCUAUCGAAGAUGAUGAUCUUAAGGAUAGAGAGGUCUGGACCUCAGUCUCUCGCCAUUGGUAUUCAAAAGCUAGUGAUAAGGCUCCUCAGACGGGUCGUCUUUACCACCACCUCGCUAUUUUGGCUCGUCCAAAUGCUCUGCAGCAGCUCUUCUAUUACACGAAGUCUCUCUGCGUGCCACUUCCCUUCCUGUCUGCUCGCGAGUCAACCAUGACUCUGUUCGACCCGCAUCUCAAUGGCACACAGACCAGGCUGCAGGAGAUUGACGCAGCCUUUGUACGCGCUCAUGCAAUACUCUUUUCGGGCAAGAACACCGAGCAACUCUCAUCGUCUAUCAACGAGUUCAUCGACAGCUUAAACAACCACAUCGCACAUCACACUUGUCGCUGGCUAGAUAGAGCAUACUACAUUUCUAUCGCGUUGGGCCGAGCCGACGACGUAGACGUCCCAAUGAAAGGGACCGAGACUGUCGUCGCUCCGACACAGAAGUUCCUGGACGCUCUGGACUUUGCCGCUCGUACUCAUAACGUUGUGUUGAGACGAUUCGGCGACGAGAGUAUUCGACCCUACUUACACGUCACCCUCUCAUUCCUUCAACACUUGUCUCACUUCCCUGCAGCGAUGGAACUGGUAGAAAAGAUGAUGUCUUGGAAGCUCAUCGCUUUACUCCUGAAUACUAUCAUGCACACGAAUAUGCCUGCUGAAGCAUACAAGAUCAUCGAGUCGGAAGACUUCCCCCGGCCGGAUAAGGGUGACCCUCGUCCCCUGCCGGACGACUUUGCGCAGCGGGGCCUCCUAUGGGUUGAUGAGUACUAUCCCAACGAUUGGUUUUCGACCACAAAGGUGGAUGACGAUGAGAAGUAUCUCGAAUCCUCGUCAAUGAUGAGCGAGCGCUCAGUCCGCUGCCUUUGGCUAGGUUGUCGACUUGCAACAUCGGGCAAGUGGUUGACUUACAGAGAGGGGCACUUUCGGGCUACUUGCGAAGCGAGCGAACUGGGUUUGAAACGGAAGCCGUGGAAGUUGUAA